UUGCUUUUCCAGGCUGCAAGGAGAGUGAUCUUGCUUUCAGGAACCCCUGCCAUGUCGCGGCCUGCGGAGCUCUACACGCAGAUCGCAGCUGUCCAGCCAGCCUUCUUCCCGCAGUUCCACUCCUUUGGGCUACGCUACUGUGACGCCAGGAAGAUGCCAUGGGGUUGGGACUACUCUCGAUCAUCCAACUUAAUUGAACUGAAAAUUUUGCUGGAAGAGUCCAUCAUGAUCCGACGUCUGAAAUCAGAUGUGCUUUCCCAGCUUCCAGCAAAGCAACGCAAAAUGGUUGUGGUGGCUCCUGAAGGCAUUAGUGCAAAGACCAAAGCUGUCUUGGCAGCUGAAGCAAAGAAGAUGGCCAAAGGAUAUCAAAGUAAACAACAGGAGAAGGAAGCUCUUCUCCUCUUCUACAACAGAACAGCAGAAGCUAAAAUCCACUCAGUCGUAGAAUACAUCCUGGAAUUACUGGAAAGUGGGAAUCGUAAAUUUCUGGUGUUUGCUCAUCACAAGAUAGUGCUGGAUGCAAUAGUUGCAGAGCUGGAGAAGAAACAUGUUGAAUACAUUCGCAUUGAUGGCUCCACACCUUCAGCUGAGCGGCAGUCUCUGUGCGAGAAGUUCCAGUUCUCGGAGAAGCAGGUUGUGGCCGUCCUGUCCCUCACUGCUGCAAACAUGGGCCUGACAUUAUCUGCUGCAGACCUGGUGGUGUUUGCAGAGCUCUUCUGGAACCCAGGGGUUUUGAUUCAAGCAGAAGAUCGGGCACAUCGAAUUGGACAGACCAGCUCUGUUAAUGUUCACUACCUGGUGGCUAAAGGCACAGCAGAUGACUACUUAUGGCCAAUGAUUCAAGAGAAAAUCAAAGUGCUGGGGGAAGCUGGUCUUUCAGAAACCAAUUUCUCCAAAACAGCUGAAUCCACUAAUUACUGCCCUAAGCCAGAUCCAAAGCAGAAGACCAUCUAUGACCUUUUCCAGAGGACCUUCUCUGAGAGCAAAGAUUACACUGAUGAAGCUGUGCUUUUGGAGGCAGCUGAUGCUUGCUGUGAGUUUGACUCUGGCAGUGCCUUGCAAGAUACAGAGGGAGAGACGUGUUCAGUGAGUCCCCCCAAAAAGCGGCGUAUUGAGGAUUUUUUUAAAGUGUAA